AUGCUAGUAUUGGUGAUGACAUUCAUGGUCUACUGUGCGGCACAUUUGGCCCGAAAACCCAUUUCUAUAGUUAAAUCUCAAUUGCAUUCAAAGAACUGCACGGAAUCGUCGGUCAAACGGCUAGACGUGUCUCAUUUGGACCCUAAUUGGUGCGAUUGGUCACCAUUUGACACACAAAAUGCGGAUCAGUUACUCGGAUGGCUGGACACCAGCUUCUUGGCCUCGUAUGCGGUGUUUAUGUUUGUGUCGGGUUAUGUGGCCGAGAGGUCUAACCUGCGAUGGUUUCUGGCCAUAAGUCUCGGUCUGUGCGGCGUUUUGUCAAUUCUGGCCGGACUUCCCUUUUCGCUACAAAUCCACGCCUAUUACUACUUUAUUAUCGUUCAAGUGAUCACUGGUAUAGUGCAGACCAGCGCGUGGCCAGCGGUGGUCACUGCAGUCGGAAAUUGGUUCGGCGACUCCAAGAAAGGACUCCUAUUUGGCAUUUGGGGCUUUCACACCACUCUCGGCAAUAUUCUCGGCGCUCUUAUCGCAGGCGCGUUUGUCGAGUACAAUUGGGGCCUAUCAUUUAUAGUGCCCGGUAUUAUAGCCAUCGCUGUAGCCGUUGUAUGUUUUCUCUUCUUGAUUCCUUGCCCACAAGACGUUGGCCUCUCGGCUGAUGCCAACGACUCCCACAAUAUUGAAUCCAAUAAUACUAAUGGCGAAGAAAUUGUCACAAUUGAUGAUAAUGUGGACAAUACGGCCAUUUCAUUCUUCGGCGCCCUUUUGCUACCGGGAGUGAUUGAGUACUCGGUCUGUCUAUUCUUUUCAAAACUGGUCACUUAUACCUUCAUGUAUUGGUUACCCCUGUAUAUCAAUAAUUCGAUCAAAGUGUCUCCAUCACAAUCUGCAUACCUGUCCAUAUCGUUUGACAUCGGGGGUACAGUCGGUGCAAUACUUGCCGGUUAUAUGGCUGACGUCACUAACGCCAGUGCCAUCACAUGUAUUGUAUUCAUAAUUCUCACCAUUCCUUCGUUAUUGUUUUAUUACUAUUGGGGAUCCGUAUCGAUGGUAUCCAAUGAAUGUCUGCAAUUCAUAGCGGGUCUGUUCGUGAACGGGCCCUACAAUCUCAUCACAACAGCCGUAUCCGCAGAUCUGGCCAUCAAUAUCAAGUCGAAGAGCGCUUUGGCCACCGUUUCGGCCAUUAUAGACGGCACCGGCUCUAUAGGGGCUGCCGUCGGACCCGCUAUAGCCGGUUAUGUGGAGGGCUUCGGGUGGGGGCGUCGUGUGUCGGAAGCGGUCGCCCGAAGAGCUGAGGCCACGGGUGGGGGCGAGAAGUCGGUCAAACUGGUGGCCGCCUCGAAGACACAGCCGCCCGAGAAGAUAGUGGAGGCCUACCGGUGCGGACAGCGGGUCUUCGGCGAGAACUACAUCCAAGAGUUGUGCGCCAAGAGUGCGGACCCGUUGAUUGUGGCCGAGUGUCCGCACAUCGAGUGGCGUCUCAUUGGCCACAUUCAGACCAAUAAAAUCAACCAAUUGUUACGAGUGGACAGAUUGACGGCCGUAGAGACCAUCGAUUCGCCCAAAUUGGCUCAGAGUCUGGAGAAGGCGUUGUCUGUGCGCAACCGUACGCUGGAAGUGAUGGUUCAGAUCAACUCCGGCGACGAAGACGUGAAGACGGGCUGCCAUUUCACCGAAGCCGAGGCGUUGGCGCGACUCAUACGCGCCGACUGUCCGCACCUGAAGCUGACGGGACUGAUGACUGUCGGCCGCUUCGGCCACGACUGGAGCGCUGGACCUAAUCCUGAUUUCUUGGCGUUUGUCGGCAAUCAUCGGUCCAUUUGCGAGGGUCUGGCUAUUAGUGAGAGUUCUCUUGAGCUUAGCUUCGGAAUGACGGCUGACUUCGAAGAGGCGAUCGGUUUGGGCAGCGAUGAGGUACGGGUGGGAACCGCACUCUUCGGCGAA